AUGGUAGACAUCCCCUCCGACGCUAGUACCUCGGGUUCAACCCAUUCCGCCCCCGAUAAACCUCACCCCCAUCUCCAGGUCAGCGUCAGCGAUGUUGUUCCGGACGAGAAGCCCGACGUCAUGUUCACGCCCCGAAAGGCUUCGAGGAUGGACAAAGACGACGAUGACGAGGAGGAAGAUCUAGACGCGCUCAUUGAAGAGUUGGAGUCCCUCGAUCCAGAUGCCGAGAUUGAAGCCGAGAUCGAGACAGCGGGUGCUCGAAAUGUGCCCGAGGAAAUGCUGCAGACCGACACGCGCGUCGGCUUGAUAGAGCCAGAAGUCGUGGCCAGACGAAAGAAGUAUGGGCUCAAUCAAAUGAAGGAAGAAAAAGAGAAUCUGCUCUUGAAAUUCCUCGGAUACUUUGUUGGACCCAUUCAAUUUGUCAUGGAGGCUGCCGCAAUCCUUGCCGCUGGUCUCGAAGACUGGGUCGACUUCGGCGUCAUUUGUGCCUUGCUCUUGCUGAAUGCCAGUGUAGGCUUUAUCCAAGAGUUUCAAGCUGGCUCAAUUGUCGAGGAGCUGAAAAAGACCCUGGCUUUGAAGGCUGUCGUCCUCAGAGAAGGACACCUUAUCGAGAUUGAGGCCCCUAUGGUGGUGCCCGGAGAUAUUCUACAACUUGAAGAGGGCACAAUCAUACCUGCUGACGGCCGGCUUGUUACUGAAGGCGCCUUUUUACAGGUCGACCAAUCCUCCAUCACCGGCGAGUCCCUUGCAGCGGACAAGCAUCUAGGCGACACCUGCUACGCCUCGUCUGCCGUAAAGCGAGGGACGGCCUUCAUGAUUGUCACCGCUACAGGAGAUAAUACUUUUGUCGGUCGCGCCGCCGCUUUGGUCAAUGCCGCAUCAGGUGGAGCAGGCCAUUUCACCGAAGUCCUCAACGGAAUCGGCACAGUCUUGCUCGCACUCGUGGUCUUCACCUUGCUCGUGGUCUGGAUAUCAUCUUUCUAUCGGUCCAAUGACAUUGUCACCAUCCUUAGGUUCACGUUGGCGAUAACCAUCAUUGGUGUUCCGGUCGGUCUGCCCGCCGUUGUCACCACUACCAUGGCUGUUGGCGCCGCGUAUCUGGCAAAGAAGAAGGCCAUUGUCCAGAAGUUGUCUGCCAUCGAGUCGCUCGCUGGUGUGGAGAUACUUUGCUCGGACAAGACCGGCACCUUGACCAAAAACAGACUUUCUCUGCACGAACCGUACACCGUGCAUGGUGUUGAUCCUGAAGAUAUGAUGCUCACAGCCUGUCUGGCCGCAUCCCGGAAGAAAAAGGGAAUGGAUGCCAUCGACAAGGCCUUUCUCAAAGCUUUGCGUUACUAUCCUCGAGCCAAGCAAGCCUUAUCCAAAUACAAAGUGGUCCAGUUCUAUCCAUUCGACCCCGUUUCCAAAAAGGUGAGCACCGUCGUUGAGUCACCUCAGGGGGAGCGCAUAAUCUGCGUCAAAGGUUCACCUCUAUUUGUACUUCGGACGGUGGAAGAUGAUCAUCCGAUCCCCGAAGAGAUUGACAUUGCAUACAAGAACAAGGUCGCAGAGUUCGCAGCUAGAGGCUUUCGAUCUCUGGGCGUUGCAAGAAAGCGAGGCGACAACUCCUGGGAGAUACUGGGGAUCAUGCCGUGCGCUGACCCGCCUCGACAUGACACUGCAAAGACAAUCAACGAAGCCAAAUCUCUCGGUCUGUCUAUCAAGAUGUUGACUGGUGACGCCGUCGGUAUCGCGCGAGAAAUGUCUCGACAGUUAGGACUUGGAACCAAUGUGUUCAAUGCGGAGCGUCUUGGCCUUGCUGGCGGCGGCACGAUGCCAGGUUCAGAAGUUUACGACUUCGUUGAGGCUGCCGAUGGGUUCGCCGAAGUGUUCCCCCAACACAAGUACAACGUUGUGGAGAUCCUACAACAACGAGGGUAUCUUGUGGCAAUGACUGGCGACGGUGUCAAUGAUGCGCCCUCGCUGAAGAAAGCAGACACUGGUAUCGCGGUACAAGGCGCAACUGAUGCGGCACGGUCAGCGGCUGACAUUGUGUUCCUCGCUCCCGGACUGUCAGCCAUCAUCGACGCCCUGAAGACCUCCCGUCAAAUCUUCCACCGCAUGUACGCAUACGUCGUCUAUCGCAUCGCCCUGUCACUUCACCUGGAGAUCUUCCUGGGGCUGUGGAUCGCGAUUCUGAACAAGUCUCUCAACCUGAAAUUAGUUGUUUUCAUUGCCAUAUUUGCUGACAUCGCCACACUGGCAAUUGCCUAUGACAAUGCCCCUUACUCGAAGACGCCAGUCAAAUGGAACCUGCCCAAACUAUGGGGGAUGUCGAUUUUAUUGGGGAUCGUCCUAGCUGCGGGAACAUGGAUUGCACUGACGACAAUGAUUGUGGGGGGCCAUGACGGAGGCAUCGUUCAGAAUUUUGGUCACACCGACGCUGUCUUGUUCCUUCAGAUCUGCCUCUCGGAGAACUGGCUGAUUUUCAUCACCCGCGCUAAUGGCCCUUUCUGGUCCAGCAUCCCCUCGUGGCAGUUAGUGGGCGCCAUCUUACUUGUCGACAUCCUCGCGACAUUCUUCUGUCUUUUCGGCUGGUUCGUUGGUGGACAACAGACCAGCAUUGUCGGUGUGGUGAGGAUUUGGCUGUAUUCAUUCGGGGUCUUUUGCGUCAUGGCUGGCGUAUAUUACCUCUUGCAAGACAGUGUCACAUUCGAUGACAUUGUUCAUGGGCGGAAGACACGGACCAAUAAGGUGCUCAAGAAGAGAGAUAUGGAGGAUUUUCGUGAGUUCGGCCCCGAUGACAUGCACAGCGCAUCCAUGCCUCGACUAACCUCCAUUCCUAGUUGUAUCGUUGAACCGCGUGUCCACCCAGCACGAGAAGGUUGCAUAGCAAGCGACCGGUAUGCUACAGGCUGGCUACGCGCGGUCACAAGCGGCAAGAACACCGCAGAGUUGGCCAAGGCUGCAACUCAACCAUGA